GUCUGUUCUUCCUAAACACUUUGCAUAAUAAUUGCUAAGGAAAAACUUGUUUGAAAUUACCCCAUGAGUCUCCCAUUUCCGGGCUCUCCAACAUUUUUGUUACAUCCUGUGUACAUAGCGGUGACUCCGGUGACUCUUCUCCAAUGGAAUAUGGGUAUUCAAACUGAUUGAAACGUUCAAAAUGGCAGUGGAGGUAUUUUAAGUGGUCUGUUAUUUACUGCAAGUAAUAAGUGUACAGGAGGUGUAUCUUGUGAUAUUUAUUGAAUUCUGAACACAGUUUUGUGUUACAAAUGCAUUCUUUAAAAGGACUAUCAGGGACAUUGAACCGGUACUGCACAAAUUUUCUAAGAAGAUCGUUAACCUCUAAAUCGGCUGAAAACACGAAGCCUGAAGAACAAAGAGAGAAGAAUAUUCUGAUUGACUAUAUUGAAGGUGUUACCACAAUUGGUAUAAAUCGUCCUGACAAAAAGAAUUGCCUAGAUGUAGCCACUGCACAAGAAUUAGUGGAGGAAUUAGAAAAAUUUGAAAAUGAUCAAGAGUCUACAGUCGGUAUAAUUCAUGGGAUUGGAGGUAACUUUUGUAGUGGCUACGAUUUAAAAGAAAUUGCACAAUAUAAUGAUAAAAAUGAAGAAGUUUUACCACAAUUUGGGCCAUUGGCAGAUAAAGUUGAAUUAUGUAAGAAACCCGUAAUUGCUGCUAUAAAUGGAUAUGCAGUAGGUGUAGGAUUUGAACUUGCUUUAAUGUGUGAUCUAAGGGUUAUGGAACAAAGUGCAGUAGUAGGAUUUUUAAACAGACGCUUUGGUAUUCCUAUAUUGUGUGGUGGUACUGUUCGCUUGCCUGCUUUAAUUGGAUAUUCAAGAGCAAUGGAAGUAAUCUUGACAGGUCGUGCUGUUUCUGCAGAAGAAGCACUGAGCUGGGGUUUAAUUACUCGCUAUACAAGUGUUGGUACAGUGCUAGGUGAUGCAGUAAACUUGGCUAAAUCACUUGUGAAGUUUCCUCACAGUACAUUGCUCGCAGAUCGUGCUUCUGCACACUAUGCUACAUUUAAUGCUAAACAAUUAGAAGAGGCUCUACAGUUUGAGAAGGAUAAUUCCUCCCAUCUAGUAUUUGAGGAAGGUGUUAAAGGAGCCAAAAGGUUUGUUACAGAAAGAUUAGGAAGACAUGGGAAAUUUCAUAAUAUAACUGUAGUUGAUAAAACUAUCAAAGAUCUUGAUAAAGACCUUCUGUAAAAGUUUUGUAACAUUAGACAACUAUUGUUUUGUUUAACACGAUUGAUUUUCU